UCCCCAGUUACGUCAAAAUUAAUUAAAACACGCCCUGGUCGUAACAAAUGCCACAUUUCCGUCACGUCGACACAAUUUUCCUCAAAAUUACGAUGAAAAAGCUCAAACGAUCAGCGCCGAAAAUCCCCGAUUCAGACUCCCUCACGUCGUUCUUCAUCCCCUGGCACAAAAAUCGGGCCCCUCCUAUAUACCCCAAUGCCCAGACUGGACGCAUAAUCAACACGACCGAAUUUUUACUUUUCUUCGCAGCGAUCCUUCUUUUGAUCCUGAGUCUGGGAUUAGUCGGAGUUUCCGUCUGGUCACUCGUUUCCAAAUCGCGCUACAUUUUCGUCGAUUAUUCGAUAGAAUUGGCCUAUUUUGCCCUUCCUGUUUCCCUGCUCUGUCUGCUUUGUUUCUGGAUUGUCCUUUCGGUCCACAACGACGAAAAUUCGUACAAAUACCUGUCGUUGGUUUUGAUUUUGUUGACCUUUUCCACCGUUUUGUUGGUGAUCGGAGUUUACAUCGGGUUCACACACAAGUUGCACUUGAAUUCGAGCCAAAUUGAUUCCAGCCCGGUUUUGGUGGAGUUUCGCGAAACUAUGAAAGGAUCAAUGAACAAAACCGGGAUUUGGGAUGAUGUUCAAAGGAAAUUGGGAUGCUGUGGUGUUGAUAAUUACACCGAUUGGUUGGCGGUUAUGCAGCGAAUUCCGGAAUCGUGCUGCCGGAGAAAGGCCGCGAGUUGCCGUGAUAAUUCCACGUCCUCGACAGGUUGUUUAAAAAUAAUAACAGCGACUUUAGCCUUGCAAACGUGCCUGUUUAGCGGAAUCAAUUGCGUGGCAUUGUUCAUACAAUUUUGCGCUUUCGUUAUUUUAACCACUGCGUAUUUUUGUGACAAAUGUCGACAGGACUGAGGUUCAGGUUUCAAUAAAACGUGUUUCGAUAUUUACAAUUGUAUAUUUAUAAAAUGUGCGACGUCAUCACUGCAUACAAUUAACUAAAUAAAUAGUUGGAAAAAAAUUUCAGUAAUUUACUUCGAGCUGAACGUGAAUUAAAUGCAACGUAUCACAACAACCAAUAGAAAACCCUUCCCGGCAUGAUGUUAAUAAUUAUUGGAAUGCACGUUUAACACUAAAGCGUCGGAAGCAGUCUUCAAUAAUACGUUUUUUCGUCAAAUUUGUACACUUUUAAAGCGAAUUUUAGUAAUGAUUACACGAUACCUUACUUAAUAAGUAAAUGUCAUGAAACACAACUCACCUGAAAACUUAACAAACAAAUAAAAAUCAUUUUUAUCACAGACGUUUUAAAAACAUGGCAGCAACGCCUCGUCAAAACGAGCCCGACCUCAAAUCGCUGUCCCUAUGAUCUGUAUGGAAAACCACAGUGGCUAUGCUGAUGGAACAAAGACAUACAGUGAUGGUACCCAAGAGAAUAUAAACGGAAGUGAU